GAGAAUGUCAGUGAGGACCUCCAGAUCUGAAGGGUGAAGGGGAAGUGGUCCUCGAAGAUGAAUGUCCUAAGGCGGGAAUGAAGGAUGGUGAGUGUUCCUGAAGUACAGCUGAUGGUCUCAUCUUGCCAGUGGUGGCCUGUGUUUCCUAGAAUCUGCCUUCAAGGACAGGAAGGAAGGGGGAGACACUAUGUUUACAGUUUAACACACAUCUGACAAGCCUGACCUCUGCUCACUGAUGGAAACAGCUCUGUCCUCAGUGUCUCUAUGUCCAGAUAUUUCCAGCUUGGUCACUUUUCCCUGGUCCAGUGUAAUUCAAAGAACCAGUCACUGCAGUCACUGUGUUUGGGAGCAACUGGGAUGUCUCCAGAACUAAACAAUGGGGGCCAAGGCAGGAUUCCAGCAGGGAGGGCUUUGCAGAAGUUACUGUUUGUGCGGUCAGGGUUGUAGGUUUCACCUAGGAAGGUUGGGUGGUACCCGGGUAGCAUUAAGGGAUGGAGGCCACUGCAAACGAAUGGCUGUCUCCCUUUUCACAGCAGCCCUCCCCAACUCCCAGCAGAGAAGGCCCCAGGGCACAGGGCUGGCUUGCUGCUAGAAACCUGAAGGAAAGAGUUAAGAAGGCCGGGCUGAUGGACUCAAAGACAGAGCUGUGUUUAUCCAGGAAAAGAGGUCGUACGUAGACAACGGAGGCCCCUGCCAGCUCCUCCCAGGACUGGGCUGGGGGAGCAAGCUGGAGAGGAAGUUGUUCCCCUCCCGGCUUCGAUCGGCCCCUGGCCCGACGCCAGGACCCAGAGGCGGCCCACAGGCCUCCACGCUGGACUCGGAUCCUCUCGGCCUCGUGGAAUUCGGACUUUCAGCACUCCACCACCACUGCCGCCGCCUCAUGUGGCUCUUGGAGAAAGCUGGCUACAGGGCAGGGGCCGCGGAGCCCAGGGCCCGAUGGGCGCCCUCCAGUUUGUUUCCUAAGCGCCGCACCCCGUGCCCGCUGGCUCGCCCCUGCCCCAACGUCCUCACCCCGGAUCGCAUCCCACAGUUCUUUAUCCCGCCGCGGCUCCGGGACCCAGGUGGCGCGCUGCCCCACAGCGGCGGGCGCGGCCUCCCCGCGACCUGUUCGCUGCCACACCUGGCGGGCCGCGAAGGCUGGGCCUUCCUGCCCGAGAGCCCGCACACGCGCCGGCGCGAGUCCCUAUUCCACUGGCCACCGCCCACCCCCGCCGGCGGGCUGCCCCCCGCGCCGUCCCGGCUGCACGUCUCCGCCCCGGACCUGCGCCUCUGCCAGGCCCCCGACAGCGACACGGCCUCGUCGCCGGAUUCGUCGCCCUUCGGCUCGCCGCGGCCAGGCCCCGACCGGCCCCGGCCGCGCUCGCUGUCCCGGGUGCAGGCGAGCUCAGCGGUCAGUAGCCCGCACGCCUCGCGCCGCGCGGGACCGCCCACGCCGCCCCUCUUUCACCUCGACUUCUUGUGCUGCCAACUGCGGCCGACCCAGGAGAGCGUGCUGCACCUCGAGCCCCGGGGAGGGCAGCUGCGGCUCUCCGCCGAGUACCCGGCCGGGCCAGGGCGGCUGCGGCUGCGCCUGGUGAGCGCUGAGGGCCUGCCGCGGUCGCGGGCCGGCCCCGGGAGCGGCGGCGGCGGCUGCUGCGUGGUGCUGAGGCUGCGGCCGCGCGCCCGGCCGCGGGGCCAGCGAAGCCGAGUGGUCAAAUGCAGCACCAACCCCAUCUUCAAUGAGGACUUUUUCUUCGAUGGGCUCGGCCCGCCGGACCUGGCCGCCCACAGUCUGAGGGCCAAGGUGCUGGACAGGGGCGCAGGAUUCCGCAGGGACGUGCUGCUGGGGGAGUGUGAGACGCCCCUGAUUGCCCUGCUGCCGCCCCUGGGUGCUGGGCUAGGUCCCGGGGCUUCCCUGGUUGCCUGCCCAUCUCAGCCUGUAGCCUGAGAGACGGUCUCUUCCUCAGGAGGGCUCCACCGGGUCUACAGUCUCCAUUCUUUCCAUCUGCCCAGCAUGUAUUUAUUUUUGCAAAUAAAAUAUCUGUCUCCCCUUGUUUGCA